AUGUCUCAAGGUAGAAAAGCUGCAGAAAGAUUGGCUGGCAAAACCGUUCUCAUCACGGGUGCCUCUGCUGGUAUUGGCAAAGCCACUGCAUUAGAGUAUUUGGAGGCAUCCAAUGGCGAUAUGAAAUUAAUCUUAGCCGCUAGAAGAUUAGAAAAGCUCGAGGAAUUGAAGAAGACUAUCGAUGAAGAGUUUCCAAACGCAAAGGUCCAUGUGACCAAACUGGACAUCACACAGACAGAAAAGAUCAAGCCCUUUAUUGAAAACUUGCCAGAGGAGUUCAAAGACAUUGAUAUUCUGGUGAACAACGCUGGUAAGGCUCUUGGUACGGACCGUGUUGGGGAGAUUGAUACACAGGACGUCCAGGACGUGUUCGACACCAACGUCUCGGCUUUGAUUAAUGUCACACAGGCUGUUCUGCCCAUCUUCCAAGCUAAGAACUCAGGGGAUAUUGUGAACUUGGGCUCGGUAGCUGGCAGAGAUGCAUACCCAACGGGCUCCAUCUAUUGUGCAUCUAAGUUUGCCGUCGGGGCUUUCACUGAGAGUUUGAGAAUGGAACUUAUAAACACUAAGAUUAGAGUCAUUCUAAUUGCACCAGGGUUAGUCGAAACUGAGUUUUCCCUGGUUAGAUACAGAGGUAACGAAGAACAAGCCAAGAAUGUUUACAAGGACACCACUCCGUUGAUGGCCGAUGACGUGGCUGAUUUGAUUGUGUAUGCGACUUCAAGGAAGCAGAACACUGUAAUUGCAGACACACUAAUCUUUCCUACCAACCAAGCGUCACCUUACCAUAUCUUUCGCGGGUGA